CUACUACUAAGAACAUUCUCAAGAUCAGACAUUACAUGGUCACGGGGAAAAUUUGACAUAUUUCAAAAAGGACGUUCAGCUAUCGAAUUAACUUCAAAGUAUUUCAAUAAUAACCAGGAAAUUCUAUUCAUAAAAGGAAUAUGGCAGAGUUUAGCAGAACUUUUGAAGAACUUCACGAAGUUAACGUCUUCUUCAAUGAAAAUGAUGUAUUGUGUGGUAUAUGUAGAGCCCCAUGGAUUACCAAAUAUCCUCGAUGUCUUCCUUGCGAAACUUCACACAUAUUCUGUUCAAAAUGCUUGGAUAGAUUGAUAAAUGCCAGCUUACUAAAAGGAUAUUUAUUAUGUCCGAUAUGUCGAAAAGAGUAUCCUCUGACCGAUAAAGGAGUGAAAGCAUUUUCCCUUCUAUCACCCUUCGUCAACUGCUCACUUGCUAGUGGUCGUGAUUAUCAGCCAUUGUACAAAAGCAAUAUAGAGAUUUGUGACGAUAAUCCAAUUAGUCAAAUUCCGUCGGUUUCGGAUGACUUCUCAAUUCGUGAUGAUACAUUCCAGAGAUUUAGAAGUCAGGCUUCUAUAAAAUUUUUACGAUUCGAAAGCAGAGUGAAUCACAUGUAUUGUUUAAAUGGGAUUCCUUAUUGCCUAACUGAAGCUAGAAAGGCUGGACGAUUCAAAUAUACAAUUCUUCGACUUUUAAACGAUAAUCGUGCCGCGGAGAAGGUCGCUUCUUGGACAUCAGCUACUGCUUGCCAACGCAUUGCUCCAAACAAAGAUAUCUACCUUUUAACUGGAUUUGGCUCACGAAGAAGGAUAAAGCGUUUAAAGUUAAAAGAAGAGGGGGGUGACAGAAGUAAUUCAGACAACAGUUCAUUGGAAUUAAAAGACGUGGAGACUAUAUGUCCUCGUUUGUCACAUCUUACCCCGUGCGCUGAUGGUUUUGUUCUUAUUCAUGAUAAGUAUUUGGAAUUUUAUACGAUACGACCAUUGCGCCUUUCAAGAAAAAUCCCAUUACCUACAUUAAGAAGAGUGGUAACUGUAAAAUAUGCCAAAUCACAAGUGUUUGUUCUAUUUGAUAGAGGUCAACUUUUCUCAAUCGAUAUUAAAACGAAACCAUCCGAAUUUCAACCUGUGAACCUUACCUUUUUAGAGAAUGUCACACAUUUCCAAAAUGAAGUUUUCAACAGUAUGAAACACGGUAAAAUACUGAUGACUGAUAGAAAGUGGAUAUUCGUCAUAACUCUAGAAACAAAGACAGCUGUAUGCUUGCCUCAUCAGCCAAUUUUUGGUAGUUUUACACUACUGGAAUACUUUAUAACUAAGAAUGAAAUUGUCUUUUAUGUGGUUGCAAAGGAAGGUUUAAUAGCCAUAAGAUAUUUUGAUUUUACACAGUAAUUUAAGAAGGAAAAAAGCUAUUUGUCAUUUAUAACUUUAAGAUACUUUAUACGAUUUUUUUUUCAACAAACUGAAAUAAUCUUCAUUUAAAUCCUAAUCUGCAGCAUAAAUCUUAUUAAAAGAAAAGUUAUUAUUUUUAUCAAUCUACUUUAAAAGUAAAUGCAUAUAUAUACAUGAAAACUUUUCAAUUAUGUAUAAUGAAUAGUGGCUUCUAUCAUCUU